AUGCAGCUUCUACACGUCCUCACUGGUCUCCUUGCUGGAGCCUCAGUUGCCAUUGCGUCUCCAGCCUCAGAACCUGAUACUAAGCUUAAAGCCCGCCAGUUCAACUAUGGGAAAUGUAAUGGCACUAGUUGCAAGAUCGCACUAUCUAAUCUGAGGUGCCAGAUUGGCUCGUGCACUAGGCAGAGCGGGGCUGGCGAUGGAUCAACUUGUUGGAUUGAUGACAGGGAUCAGAAGGUUCACUGCCCUGGAAGGGGCUGA